UCUGGUUCGGAUCAUGUUGCUCAGCCUCGUCGGCGGCUCAGAUGGACUCUGUCUUCAGGGUCGACAUGAUCCCUUCCAUAUGAGUCCAUGACAUUGCAAAUGCCCUACACGGGACCGAUUGAAAGCAUCAAAAUUGUCUCUCAAUAUGCUACCACCGACAGAUAUUGUUGGGCUCGUAUCGUCGAUUAUCCAAAUCGUUGUUUUCUCAAAAGAUAUUCUUGAUCGAAUCAAACAAUACAAGGACGUUGUUAAAGAGUUCCCGCCGUACCUAGAGGAUGUUGGGCGCGAGCUACCAUUGAUCGUCGCCACUUUUGAACGGAUUAGAAUACAAACAGAACAAGGGGAUCUUCCAGAAAGCACCAAAACCGCCGUUGCGGGUGUUCUUACAGGCUGCGAAACGCAAAUUGGGUUGCUGCAAAAGACGAUUAAUAAAGUCAUACCCCAAGAUCUCUCAAAGCCCCAGCGCUUUUGGAAAGCAGCACAAAGCAAGUGGUAUGAUAAGGAGAUUAACGAAAUCUUGAAAAAGCUGAGAAGGUCGUAUGCUCCCUUGCAAUUGCACUUGUCGGCAGUAGGGGCGAUAGGAGCGGGUCCUAAACCACUCCAGCUGCCUCUGCCAGCUCCCCCAAAGCCCGCAAUGCAUAUCCCUUUUGAAAGGGAUCCAGGCUUCAUCGGCCGUGAAGAUAUCCUCGCUCAAAUUGAUGGGCGCAUUAAGGAUCGGGGCAAGGUGGCCCUUGCUGGCAUUGGAGGCGUUGGAAAGUCACAAAUCGCAAUUGAGUAUUGCUUUCGCUUUCAAGAAAAAAAUCCUGGCUGCUGGGUUUUCUGGGUGCAUGCUGCCAACGCUGCACGAGUCGAGCAAGCAUACAAAGACAUAGCAAAGGCAGCGGCCCUCCCAGACUGGAAUGAUCCAAAGAUGAAUGUUUUCGACUUGGUUUUCCAGUGGUUCACAGACCCCGACCGUUCGUCAAAAUGGCUGAUAGUCUUGGAUAACGCCGAUGACGCAGAAACAUUCUCCACCACGCUGCAUCUAUCGACGUCUCAACACGGCUCAAUUGCGAAGACUUUGGCUCAGUAUAUCCCUUGGAACGGAUCACUACUUGUUACCACGCGAGACCGUCAAGUUGGCCAAAGACUGACAGGUCGGGAACCAGUUAUAACAGUCGAAAGACUGUUACUCGGAGAAACCAAAACACUCUUGAAAUCCAAGAUCCACGAUCCAACUGCUUGGGAUGAUAGCAGUGCUAGUAAAUUAUUAGAACUUCUGGAUUGUCUCCCACUUGCUGUUACACAAGCAGCAGCUUUCAUCUCCGAAAAUGAAAUGACUGUUGCUGCAUAUACCCGGCGCCUGGAGAAGGCAGAAUCAGAAAUGCAAAGGUACCUGAGCGAGGAGUUGGCAGACACCCGGCGCGACACGCAUAGCCAAAACUCUGUCAUGCGGACUUGGAAAAUCUCUUUUGAUCAAAUCUUGCAACAAUCUCCUCGAGCAGCAGAAAUUCUUUCCCUGAUGGCCGUGCUUGACCGGCAGGGAAUUUCGGCUUCUCUUCUUCGCAGAGAGGAUGAGAGUCUUGAUUUUGACCUUGCAAUUGGAAAAUUGAAAGCAUUCUCGCUGAUCUCUUCCAAUCCUGACAAUUCAUUGUUCAGCUUGCACCGAUUGGUACAAAUAGCCACCAGAAGGUGGCUCGAAAUUCAGCAAAAGUUGGCGAUACAUCAGCUGCAAGCAGUGAAGAUCAUUGGACGUGCUGUGACUCAAAAUUUCAUCGCUCAUCCUAGCAUGAAUACAGAACUCAUAGCUCAGGCUGAGGCUGUAUACAAUUUUCAAGGACAACGACUCACUGAUGAUGAUCCAUUCUGUCACGCGAUAAUAACACUCUAUUUAACAAACAGCAGGGUUGAACAAAGAAGAUAUGCAGAUGCGCUUCAAUUGGCAAAAGAGUGUCUCAGUACCAUUCAUCACUAUGGCUCACGUCAUAAUGUUAACCAUCACGUGCUCUACCUUCACCAUAUCCUUGCAACUGCAUAUGUAGACAAUGGUCAUUCUCGCGAGGCUGGACCCAAGAUAUUAGGCCUUCUCAAAGCUGAUAAAAGAAUGUUCGGGUCUGAAAGUUUGUUUACUUUGAAGAGUAUUUAUUACCUUGGACAAUUUUACUUUCAACAGGGACAAUACAGGAAAACAGAAUUAUUGCUCGUUCAAAGACUGAGAGCUCAGAUGAAAAUCCUUGAAGAUGAUAAUGUAGAUACAUUAUCAAGCAUGGCUCUCCUUGCUGAAACAUAUCUAAAUCAAGGACAGUAUAACAAAGCGGAAAAGCUUUUUAUACAAGUACUUGAAACUGGGCGAAGGUUCCUCGGAUCAGAUGCUCUUGACACUUUGGACAAUAUACUUUUCCUUGGUGUGAUUUAUCAUCAUCAUCACGCACAAUAUAAUAAAGCGAGGGAAGCAGCAUUGCAUGCUUUUCAAUGUUUGAAAAGCGUCUUAGGAAUGGAGCACCCCGUUACCUUGGGAAGCUUAGAUCAGCUGGCAUUGACUUAUCUCGAGCUAAAUCAGCUUGAAAAAGAAAGAGUUUUACUAAUCUAUGUGCUUGAGAAUUUAAAGAGACAUACUGGCGCAAAAGAUCCAGGGGUCUCAAUUUAUAUGCUAAAUCUGGCACAGAUGUAUUUGAGCCAAGGACAGCUCGAAAAAGCAAAAAUGAUAUCCUCCCGUGCACUUGAAGCUCAAAGGGAGGCGCUUGGGACUACACAUCCGAGCACUCUGUUUAACAUGGGCAACAUUGCAGAUAUAUUAUACCGUUCAUCGCACAAGCCUCAAGCAUACAUAUUGAUGGCCAAAGCAAUGGAAAUUUCAGACCAUGUCCUCGGUACAGACCAUGAGUCCUCCAAGCUGCUGGGAAAUAUCAUUCGACAAUGGGACAAUGAGACUGUGAGCGAAGCGGCGAAUAUUAACUCGGCGGUGCGUUGCAGGGCCUGUUCCGACCCAACUCCAAGGUCCGCACCAAGUACGGCCGGCUCAGGCGCUGCCGAAACCGAUUGGGGCUGCGAUGAUUUAGAGUCUGUCUUCGCUGAGGAUCUUCCUUCGACGGUACAUCACAAGACGCCGGAGAGCGAGGACAAAGACGUCAAGGCGGCGCCCCGAGCCAUUGACAUGUCCGUAAUUGAAUUAAUGGCUUUCUUUCGCGCCAAUGCUAGUGCAUAUAUAAUCGACGAACUGAUCGACUGGAUCAUCAACGAGGGGCGAGCAGAGGAGAUUCGUGCCGGAAUCGGCAUAAUGACCAGUACUGGAUCUAGCGUCAGUGCUUUGUCCCUCGAUCAGUUCAUCGAUCACAUUAUCAUGGAGGAACGCGCACAGUUAAAAGAUGACUAUCAGAAAAUAAUUGAUGAAGUGGUGGCCGAGGCCAGUACCUUGUCCAUCAGUGACUUUAUCGAUCGUCUUUUGCGCGAAGCGCGGGCAGAGGAAGGCGACGAUCAAGAUGUGAUUGGACAAAUACUGGCUGAAGCCGAUGCAGUGCCCCUUGAUCAAUUUAUUGAUAGCCUUGAGAUGGAUGAGUCUUGGGCAGACGAGAUGCGCUAUAACGAGAAUACCGAAUCUGCUGUUGCUGUCAUUACUGGGUUGCUGGAGGGGCUGGAAGAUUUACGGAUAUGAUGACUUUACGCACUUUCCCCCGCUCUCUCUUCUCAUUUUCUUUUUCUUCUCCUUUCUCUUUUUCUGGUUCGUUUGAAUUUUUCUGAACUUUUGAUGAUGGAAACCACACGCACAGGUCCAAAGGUAUACUCUACCAUGGAAAAGACUUGAGUCAGAGGAUUGUUCCAAAAAUAUCAAGGAUGCCAUGUGGUCCGCCAUCUAAACAAUUGCUAUCUGUUCAAUUGAAAAUACAACAAAGAGAGUGAUGAGAGAAUCAACGACACCAUUUGCCAAAUGAGAGGCCCGUCAAUAGCAUACCACAACCACCUGUGAUAUACAUGUCAGGAUUUCUCAACAUCUGAUCUAGAUCCACAUCAUG